AUGGACACUAUGGAUGCCGGCAGUAGGCAGAGCAUCGGCUUGCCGUCAAUCAACCACAUGGAUGCCGACAGAGUAAAGCGCGAAGAGGUCGAGUAUCAGAGAAAACACUCUGUCGCCGCCGCCAUGCCUAGUCCGAUGCAUCCCUACGCGGGACCGCCGCAUCUGCAUAGCAAUCACCAAUCGUCAGUCGCCAGCGCAGUACCCGGCUCGCUUGGAGGCCUACUGUCUCCUCCCGAAUCACGAAGGACGUCUGGCGACGAGAAAGAGACGCAACGACCGACGGCCCGUCAAUCGCUGCCUUCAAUACACGAGGCCCUAGGUUCGGAACAGCCGCUGUCAUAUCCGUCUACAGUGCCUCCACCUUCAGCCAUAACUUCAGCGCCCCAGCACUAUCAUCCACAUUCCGCUGCUGCUUCACCCGCUGAACCACGGCCACGACCAUUUCCAUCCGAUCCUCAGCACGCCAGCCAAGGACCUUCUAAUCCCUUCACCUAUCCGCGAAGUCCAUUCGUCGGUGCACCAGCAUCACCUACAGUCUCCCGGCAGCCGCCGCAAGUCCAGUCAGAUUCUCUGCCCCGCCCACCCUUUUCAGAACCACGGCCACCCUAUUCUACUCCUCAACACAAUCCGAAACUGCCCACCCUACACCCACUUAAGACCACGCAAUCUCCGCCACCAGGCGUUGCUCGUCCCAACGCUCCUUACUCAUCGUAUCCCCCACCACCAUCAGCCACUUACGAGAGCCCUGCUCCUUCCUCGGCGGGACCGAUGAACCAUCAUUACCCGUAUACGCAGUAUCCUAACUAUCCUUCAUCCACGCCUUCAGCAAGUGCUUCCAACUCGGCUUACCCCCCAGCCAGCUCAACUUACUCGGCUCCACCUCGGUAUGCCCCGCAAUCGUGGCAGGAUAAUUCAGAGAUGGCUCGACUGGAAGAGAAGAAGAUUGGUCGCUCAAGCUUAGCACCCUAUGGCGAGUCGGUCAAGCGACAUCUAGAGAGUUUUGACCUUGAGGCUUCUCUCAACGAGAUGGCCGAUGGAUCCGGACGCAUUGCCGAAUUUUCAAAAGUCUACCGACAACGUGCGCAUGAGAAUCAACGCAUUGGCUUGACACCACAGUCAAUGCCAAGGUUAGACGAGGUCGAUGAUAUGAUCAAGCAGAGCGAGAGAAUCCAGAUGUCAAUUCAACGCAUGCGAGAAGUCGUCUUCAACCACCACCAGGCAAGCAUCGUAGAGCCUCCCCAAGACCCACGCUACCGUCCGAUGAAUGGCUAUGAUGACACCGCAAGCAACUACGGCGAUGACACCAAGGGCAUGGGUGGCUUUGCUGGUGGUGACAAUAAGACCCGGAAGCGAGGUCGGGCCGCUCCGCCAGGACGUUGCCAUAGCUGUAACAGAGCCGAGACCCCUGAAUGGCGAAGAGGGCCAGACGGUGCUCGAACCUUGUGCAAUGCUUGUGGUCUACACUACGCCAAGUUAACUCGCAAAAUGGGUGGCAAGCAAGCGAUGACAAGCUCAAAUUUACGACCCAAGUCCAUUGACCAUGGCUCACCAACGAUUGGGAAGGCUUUGCACAGCGUAACGACAUGCGUGCACGUGGGCGAGGACAACGGUAGGCGAGGCGCAUUUGAUGGACAGCAAAAGAAGACGCCAUGCGCAGUCGUGCAUCGGGGCUCGCUGUCACGCGUUCAAAACUGCAAAAGCCCUGCGUUGCGUCAAACCCCGCUAAACGUCCCAUAUUCUGCAGUGCUCCCCGAACACCUCCCCGCAAUCGCCGUUCAAAACCAGAAGCCACCCAUUCACGCGUCUGCUCGGCCCGCCCGUGCACCAACCCGCAUUGGACUCCCUACCGCAACGCCUUACAGAACGAACUUGGGAUGGGUCUGCUGUGAGAUCCGUGCUACGUCUCUCGCCGCCUUCGCUAAUAUCAUAUCAAGUGCCCUAGGAACGCCUCUUGACUGGCCAGAGGCCAAGAAAGUUGCUGGUCAGGUCAGGUCAUGGGGAAUUGAACAACUGCUCGCCAUCUGGCGCAAUGCCAAAGGCAAGGAGAGGGAUGCGCUCCUUUGGGGGGACGAGAUCGAGUACUUGGUUGUUUGCUAUGAUCAAGACAACCACAAGGUCCGAUUGUCGCUCCGCCAGGCAGAUAUCCUAGCUGCGCUGGCCAACGACGAGAAACUUCUGCAGCAAGGCGGCGGGGUACCUGACCUACAAACCGGAAACGCCGACGCAAAGGAUAACCCUGCACCGGUCUUCCACCCCGAAUUUGGGAGGUUUAUGCUGGAAGCAACUCCCGGAAAGCCAUGGGGUAUUGGCUUCAAGGACCUGCUUGAUGUUGAACCAAACAUGAAAUGGAGACGAGCCAUAGCCAAGGAUCACAUGGCACAGAGCGAGUUUCCAAUCACAUUGACGACAUUCCCUCGUCUCGGAUCGGCCGAUUGUAUAGUACCAUCAUAUCCUGUUUCUGGACCCAAGCUACGAUCCCAAUUUGUACCAGAUGAGAUUGCCAACCCGCAUAUUCGCUUUCCUACCCUAGCGGCAAACAUUCGUUGGCGCAGGGGCCGGAAGGUUGAAGUAAAUGUCCCAGUUUUCAAGGACGAGAGCACACCGUGGCCGUGGAAGGAUCCUACAGUCAAUUAUGACAUGCACAACUGGCCUGAAGAUGACGACGUUCGCAAUGGUGCUGCCAAGGACAACUACAUCCACAUGGACGCCAUGGCGUUUGGUAUGGGAAGCUGCUGCUUGCAGAUUACCUUCCAAGCAAAGAACAUUGAGGAAGGAAGGAAGAUGUACGAUCAGCUCAGCCCGAUAGCACCCAUCUUGUUAGCAUUGACGGCGGCGACACCAAUCUAUAAGGGUUUCCUGGCCGACACCGAUCCGCUCAAGAACGACCGAUGGAGACUACCCAAGUCGCGCUAUGCGUCAAACUCAACCUACAUUUCCCACGAUCCUCGCUUGCGGCCUGAGUAUCUCGACCCGGAUCUCAUUGUCGACGCCGACAUCAAGCAGCGCCUGGUUGAGGGUGGCAUGGAUGAUCUUCUUGCGACACAUUUUGCCCACCUCUUCAUUCGUGAUCCUAUUGUCGUUUUCGCAGAAGACCUCCAGGAUUUGGACCUUACCAAAGCCGACCACUUUGAAAACUUGCAGUCAACCAAUUGGCAGCACAUGCGCUUCAAGCCACCGCCAGCUGGUUCUGACAUGGGUUGGCGUGUUGAGUUCCGUCCGAUGGAGAUUCAAAUUACUGACUUCGAGAACGCUGCCUUCUCGAUCUUUAUCGUGCUUUUGACCCGUGCCAUCCUCUCGUUCAAUCUCAACUUCUACAUACCCAUCACAUUGGUGAGCGAAAACAUGGAAACAGCACACAUCCGCGACGCCGUAUCGACACAGAAAUUCUGGUUCCGAAAGAAUCCCUUCUCGACACACAAGCCCAGUGGAACAGGUACAUCGACACCUGUGAGGAACGGUAGUCGUCCAGCGACGCCUACCGGCCCUGUUGAGGAAGAGUAUGAGCAAAUGUCAGUCAACGAGAUUAUCAAUGGGCAGACACAUUCAACUGACGGCAAUGGCUUCCCCGGCCUUAUUCCGCUUGUCGAGUCUUAUCUCAACAGCAUGAACGUCGACGUUGAAACGCGCUGCGAUCUCGCCACCUACUUGGAUUUGAUCCAAGUAGGCAAGUAUGACAUUGCCGUCUAUCUCCUCACCACGGGUGCAGAUGUCAAAGGAAGAGGCAACACCAACUACAGAAGAACCAUCUAUCGAGCUUGGAAGAACGGCUGUAUCGAACUCGCUGAUAUGGUUCAAGAGUCAAAGAUUGCGCAGUAUGGUUUACAGGACUGCAGAAAGAUCGCGAAGGUGGUGGAGACGAUAACCUCCGAAGAGCCGGAGACGCUAUGA